AGUACUUUCCUGGGCGGAAGCUUCUGAGCCACCAUAUAGCGGAAGUGCCUUCUUUUCCGGCCUCUUUGGUCUCGGUUGCGGAAACAAGAUGACGAAGGGGACGUCAUCGUUUGGAAAGCGUCGCAAUAAGACGCACACGUUGUGCCGCCGCUGUGGCUCGAAGGCCUACCACCUUCAGAAGUCGACCUGUGGCAAAUGUGGCUAUCCUGCCAAGCGAAAGAGAAAGUAUAACUGGAGUGCCAAGGCUAAAAGAAGAAAUACCACUGGGACCGGUCGAAUGAGGCACCUAAAAAUUGUAUACCGCAGAUUCAGGCAUGGAUUCCGUGAAGGAACAACGCCUAAACCCAAGAGGGCAGCUGUUGCAGCAUCCAGUUCAUCUUAAGGAUUUCAACGAUUAGUCACACAAUAAAUGUUCUGGUUUUAAAAAAUA